CAACCAAGGGCACAAAGGAGAGAGACAACAACAGGAGCCACCAGUCAAAACAGAGGGAAGCCGGCACUGAGGAAGAAACACUGUUGAUCUUCAGUGGAGAAGCUUUUUGAAUACUUUUGGCUGAGCACUUGUUCACUGCUGAGCAGGGUUUUUUUUUUGUUACAUUUUGCAGCAAUCCACAGUAGGUCUCAUCAUGAGGGGCUGUGCUUUAGUUGUGUGUCUGGUUUUGGGGAUAAGCGUACAGGAUGGCUGGAGCCGUCCCCUCAAGUCCAUCUCCGUCACCUUCCCAGGAGACAUCAUCAAAAACAUGACUGAUACGGAGCUGGCAGAAACUUAUCUCAAGAGGUUUGGCUACUUGGAGACAGUGCAGCGCAGUGGUUUCCAGUCCAUGGUGUCCACCUCCAAGGCUUUGAAGGAGAUGCAGAAGCAGAUGGGGCUGGAGGAGACCGGACAGCUGGACAAAUCCACCCUGGAGGCCAUGAAACGGCCUCGCUGUGGAGUUCCUGAUGUCGCCAACUACAAAACCUUUGACGGGGACCUCAAAUGGGACCAUAAUGACGUCACUUACAGGAUCCUUAACUAUUCUCCAGACAUGGAUAGUGCUGUGAUUGAUGACGCCUUUGCCAGAGCCUUCAAGGUGUGGAGUGAUGUGACCCCUCUGACUUUUACCCGCCUCUUUGAUGGAACAGCUGACAUCAUGAUUUCAUUUGGAAAACGUGACCAUGGAGACCCAUACCCAUUCGAUGGUAAGGAUGGUCUUCUGGCCCAUGCCUAUCCCCCUGGUGAGGGUCUGCAGGGAGACGCCCACUUUGAUGAUGAUGAGUACUGGACCCUGGGUAAAGGACCAGCUGUGAAGACUCGCUAUGGGAAUGCGGACGGUGCCAUGUGCCACUUCCCCUUCACUUUCGAGGGCAAAACCUACACCACCUGUACUACUGAUGGCCGUACGGACGACCUGCCGUGGUGCGCCACCACAGCUGACUACAGCAGAGACAAGAAAUACGGCUUCUGCCCAAGUGAACUUCUGUACACAUUCGGAGGAAACGCCGACGGAGCCAAGUGCGUCUUCCCCUUCGUCUUUCUGGAGGAGGAAUAUGACAGCUGUACCACAGAGGGCCGUAAUGAUGGUUACCGCUGGUGUGCCACCACAGACAACUUUGACCAAGACAAGAAGUUUGGAUUCUGUCCCAGUCGUGACACUGCUGUAAUCGGUGGCAAUUCUGAGGGAGAGCCCUGCCACUUCCCCUUUGUGUUCCUGGGUAAAGAGUACAACUCCUGCACCAGCGAGGGACGAGGAGAUGGCAAGUUGUGGUGCAGUACCACUGACAACUAUGAUGAAGACAAGAAAUGGGGCUUCUGUCCUGACCAGGGUUACAGUCUGUUCCUGGUGGCAGCCCAUGAGUUUGGACAUGCCCUUGGCCUGGAUCACUCCAGCAUUAGAGAUGCCCUCAUGUACCCCAUGUACAGCUACGUGGAGGACUUCUCCCUGCACAGAGAUGAUAUUGAAGGCAUUCAGUAUCUGUAUGGACGCAGAACAGGCCCUGAUCCCACUCCUCCCCAGCCCAACACCCCUACCACUGCCCCCAACCCAGGCCCCACUGACUCCACUGACCCCACCAAACCCACCACCACCACCACCGCAAGACCGGACCCAACCAACGAUGCCUGCAAGUUGGACAAAUUCGACACCAUCACUGUGAUUGAGGGCGAGCUGCAUUUCUUCAAGGAUGGAAAUUACUGGAAGAGGUCCAGAGAGGGUGACGGAGAACUCCAGGGAUCGUUUUCUAUCUCUCAAAGGUGGCCAGCUCUGCCAGCAGUCAUUGACUCUGCUUUCGAGGACCUUCUGACCAAGAAAUUGUACUUCUUCUCAGGAACCCGAUUCUGGGUGUACACAGGGCAGAGUCUUCUGGGUCCCCGCAGCAUUGAGAAGCUUGGUCUGCCCAACACCAUUCAGAAGGUGGAAGGAGCGCUGCAGAGAGGGAAAGGCAAAGUGCUGCUCUUCAGUGGAGCGAGCUUCUGGAGGCUUGAUGUGAAGGCCCAGAAAAUCGACAAUGGAUACCCUAAAUACACAGAUGCCAUCUUCGGUGGCGUCCCCAGUGAUGCUCAUGAUGUGUUCCAGUACAAAGGUCACAUGUACUUCUGCCGGGACCAAUUUUACUGGCGUAUGAACUCCCGCAGGCAGGUCGACCGUGUUGGCUACGUGAAAUACGACCUCCUCAAGUGCUCUUCUCACUCUCGCUACUGAGGAAAUGAACGCACAUGAGCUCAAGAUCUGGUGUCAGGGAGAAUGUGAUGCAGUGUCUGUGUGUAGCGCCUGUUGUAUGAUGUGUGUGCUUUCUGGGAUGUAAAUAAUUGGCCAUCAUUGACAAACAUACAGUACUGGCCUAUAAACAAGUCAAAAGCCCAGUACAGGAAAGCAACUUGUGAUCUUUGGCACUGAGUUGCCUUCAGCCUGAUAAUCUGUGAACUGAUACGAUGCUAUGGUAGCCUAAAAUUUAAGAAAAUAACCACAACUUAAAAUAUUCUCAAAUGUUCAGAUUCCAGAUUUUCUGAAUAAUUUCUUUAUGUCUGACGGGUUCAGACUCUUAACAGUAUUUGAUUAUUUUGGUAUUUAUAGCAAUAUCUAAUAUUAUUUUUGUGUCCUAAAGCUUAUUUGUAUUGUAUAAUUCUAUUUGUGUAUUUCUGAACAUGGCUUCGAAGCCAGUUACUUGCACUGGAAGACAAUGCAUGUCUCCUUCACUGAAAUUAUUUAUGAGACUGGUGUGUUUUGUAUUAAAGUUUUAACUUUCAAUGCAAUAAACAUUCUGUGAUAACUA